AGUGGUGCACAUGCUUGUACAGGCUUUCGCCACUGGGGGCAGCUUGCCCUAGGAUUGCAUUCCAGUGAAACCAAAGCAACAGUCUGGGCAGCUAUCAGAAUGAGAGAGAGUGUUGGAGUGUGUGUCGCUUUCCAUUCACUGCUGCCGGGCUGCUUUUGUGUGCUCGAUUCUCCUCUUCCACACAGGAUCAGACGCUACUAUGGGAACUUCUGUGCUGCGGGGUGCAGGACACAAACAAAGAGAGCUAAACGCCGGCUGAAGGGAGUUCUUUAGCAAUGCGGGAGAAGGAACAUUUGGGGCUGCUGCUGCUGCCGCUACUACUGCUACUCUUGCCUAAAUGUAAAACUGAAAUACUGCAAUGUCCAUGAAGUGCAAAUCAUUUCGGAGAAGCUUAACCCUUCACUGCAAGCAAGGCUCUUGUCAUUGUGCAGCUUUUUGCUCCAGGAUAUGUCUGUCAUGGCACAGGGGAAAUAAUGUUCCCAAAACUGUCUGCCUCCCAAGAGAUCCAGUCUUUAAUCCGGGGUGUCAGCGAGCACUGACUUCCUAUGGUGCCACUGACACGCUUUGUCAUACUUGUGGCACUGUGAACAAAGAAAGAAAAGAUAAGAGCAGACCUACAUAAGUCAAAGGAUGGGUUUCAAUGCAAUCAGGCAUCUAAGCAGAUCGGCUGCAGUACUAGUGAUCGCCCCUACUGUACUACUGACGAUGCUCUCCUCUGCUGAACGUGGAUGCCCUAAGGGCUGCAGGUGCGAAGGCAAAAUGAUUUACUGUGAAUCCCAAAAGCUGCAAGAAAUCCCACAGGGCAUUUCGGGAGGUUGCUUGGGCCUAUCGUUACGGUAUAACAGCCUCCAGAAACUCAAGUUCAACCAGUUCAUGGGACUGAACCAACUCACUUGGCUUUACUUGGACCACAAUCACAUCAGCAAUAUCGAUGAGAAUGCCUUCAAUGGAAUCCGCAGACUGAAGGAGCUGAUCCUCAGCUCCAACAAAAUCAAUCAGCUGCUGAAUAAUACCUUUCGACCGGUGACUAACCUGCGUAACUUGGAUAUAUCUUAUAAUCAGUUGACUUCUUUGGGUGUAGAGCAGUUCAGGGGCUUGCGGAAACUCCAGAGCUUGCAUCUACGCUCCAAUUCCCUGCGCAAUAUCCCAGUGCGAAUUUUCCAGGAUUGCCGUAAUCUAGAGUUCUUGGAUAUGGGCUACAACCGGAUACGAAGUUUAGCUAGGAAUGUGUUUGCUGGCUUGAUCCGUCUCAAGGAGCUCCACCUGGAACAUAACCAGUUUUCCAAACUUAACCUGGCCCUGUUCCCGCGCCUGGUCAGUCUACAGUUCCUCUACCUGCAGUGGAAUAAGAUUAGCGUUAUUGGUCAGACCAUGUCCUGGACCUGGAACUCGUUACAAAAACUCGACCUGUCGGGCAAUGAGAUUGAAGCGUUCAGUGGGCCUAGUGUCUUCCAGUGUGUGCCUAAUCUGCAGACCCUCAACCUGGAUUCCAACAAGCUCACCUUCAUUGGCCAGGAGAUUCUUGACUCGUGGAUUUCCCUCACUACCAUCAGCCUAACUGGGAAUAUAUGGGAGUGCAGCCAGAACAUUUGCUCUCUCGUCAACUGGUUAAAAAGUUUCCGAGGCUGGCGAGAGAACACGGUGAUCUGUGCCAGUCCAAAGGAACUGCAAGGGGUCAACGUGCUGGAGGCUGUGAAAAACUACAGCAUCUGUGGCAAAGCCACCGUAGAAAAGUUGGAUACAACAGUUUGGACAAAGCCGACGUUCAAACCCAAACCCACCAGACCCAAGGUGGAAAGCAAGCAGCAGGUCCCUUAUGUGCCCACAGUGGGCACGCCGGAGUCAAGCUCCGACACCGACCAGGAAAUGGAGCAUAUCUCCUUCCACAAAAUCAUUGCGGGGAGCAUCGCGCUCUUCCUCUCGGUCCUGGUGAUCUUGUUGGUGAUUUAUGUCUCUUGGAAGCGCUACCCGGCCAGUAUGAAGCAACUGCAGCAGCGCUCUCUAAUGCGAAGACGCAGGAAAAAGAAAAGGCAGUCGCUCAAGCAAAUGACUCCCAGCACGCAGGAAUAUUAUGUUGAUUAUAAGCCUACCAACACCGAAACCAGCGAGAUGCUGCUGAACGGAACGGGACCCUGCACGUUUAGCAAAUCGGGCUCCAGGGAAUGUGAGAUCCCACUUUCAAUGAACGUCUCUUCAUUUCUCACCUUUGAUCAGCCAACGAUAAGUUACUGUGGGGUCCAUCAAGAGCUCCUGGCUUCCAAGACAUUCGAAACAGCCAUCCAAGAAGAAAGCAUGGACAUACACAGAGAGAGAGACAUCGAAUUGAGCACAAUAACGAGUAUAGCGCGCCCUAGUGAGCACAUGUAGGUGCCCAGGCCGACCUUCACCCAGUCCAAGUGAAUCUCAGGGUCGAGGUUCCAUUGCAGGGAGGGCGAAGCUCAGAAAAAGCCGGACAGAUGGAAGACGUGCUUUACACUGUGCCCAGUGAUCCAAGGGACCUGACUUGGCAUUAAGGGUCUGCACAGCAAAAAAAAAA